AAGCUUGCCUUUGAAGAGUUUGAACUGGAACGAGGAUAUGACACCCUUACAGUAGGGGAUGCUGGGAAAGUAGGUGAUACCAGGACCGUCUUAUAUGUAUUGACUGGAUCCAGUGUUCCUGAUCUUAUUGUGAGUAUGAGCAACCAGAUGUGGUUACAUCUACAAUCUGAUGAUAGCAUUGGCUCACCUGGAUUUAAAGCUGUUUACCAAGAAAUUGAGAAGGGAGGAUGUGGAGACCCAGGAAUUCCUGCCUAUGGGAAACGGACAGGCAGCAGUUUUCUCCAUGGAGAUACUCUCACCUUUGAAUGCCAGGCUGCCUUUGAGUUGGUAGGGGAGAGAGUUAUCACCUGUCAGCAGAACAAUCAGUGGUCUGGCAACAAGCCCAGUUGUGUAUUUUCAUGUUUCUUCAACUUUACUGCACCGUCAGGGAUUAUUCUUUCACCAAAUUAUCCAGAGGAAUAUGGCAACAACAUGAACUGUGUUUGGCUAAUUAUAUCUGAACCAGGAAGCAGAAUUCACCUCAUUUUUAAUGAUUUUGAUGUGGAACCUCAGUUUGACUUCCUUGCAGUGAAAGACGAUGGAAUUUCUGAUAUAACAGUUCUUGGUACUUUUUCUGGAAAUGAAGUGCCUUCUCAGCUGGCCAGCAGUGGGCACAUAGUCCGCUUGGAAUUUCAAUCUGAUCAUUCCACUACUGGCAGAGGGUUCAACAUCACGUAUACAACAUUUGGUCAGAAUGAGUGCCAUGAUCCUGGCAUUCCUAUAAAUGGGCGGCGUUUUGGUGAUAGGUUUCUGCUUGGGAGUUCGGUUUCUUUUCACUGUGAUGAUGGCUUUGUCAAAACCCAAGGGUCUGAGUCUAUCACCUGCAUCCUGCAGGAUGGAAAUGUUGUUUGGAGUUCUACAGUUCCCCGAUGUGAAGCACCAUGUGGUGGACAUUUGACAGCUUCAGGUGGAGUUAUUUUGCCUCCUGGAUGGCCAGGAUAUUAUAAAGAUUCUUUAAAUUGUGAAUGGAUAAUUGAAGCAAAACCAGGACACUCCAUCAAAAUAACUUUUGAUAGAUUUCAGACUGAAGUCAAUUAUGACACGUUAGAAGUCAGAGAUGGUCCAGCAAAUUCAUCCCCACUGAUUGGAGAGUACCAUGGCACGCAAGCACCACAGUUCCUCAUAAGUACAGGAAAUUUUAUGUAUCUACUUUUCACCACAGACAAUAGCCGCUCCAGUAUUGGCUUCCUCAUCCACUAUGAAAGUGUGACCUUAGAGUCAGAUUCUUGCCUUGAUCCUGGAAUUCCUGUGAAUGGCCAUCGUCACGGCAAUAAUUUUGGCAUCAGGUCUACAGUGACUUUCAGCUGUGAUCCAGGAUAUACACUAAGUGAUGAUGAGCCCCUUAUCUGUGAGAAAAAUCAUCAGUGGAACCAUGCAUUACCUAGCUGUGAUGCCCUGUGUGGAGGCUACAUCCAUGGAAAGAGUGGAACAGUCCUUUCUCCUGGGUUUCCAGAUUUUUAUCCAAACUCUCUAAACUGUACAUGGACCAUUGAGGUGUCUCACGGAAAGGGAGUUCAGAUGAUCUUCCACACCUUUCACCUUGAGAGUUCCCAUGACUAUUUGCUGAUCACAGAGGAUGGAAGUUUUACAGAGCCUGUUGCCAGACUCACUGGCUCUGUAUUGCCCCAUACUAUAAAGGCAGGUUUGUUUGGAAACUUCACUGCCCAGCUUCGGUUUAUAUCAGACUUUUCAAUUUCCUAUGAGGGCUUCAAUAUCACAUUUUCAGAAUAUGACUUAGAGCCAUGUGAUGAUCCUGGUGUCCCUGCCUUCAGUCGAAGAAUUGGUUUUCAUUUUGGAGUUGGAGACUCUCUGACUUUUUCCUGCUUCCCAGGAUAUCGCCUAGAAGGUGCAACCAAGCUUACCUGCCUGGGUGGGGGCCGUCAUGUGUGGAGUGCACCUCUGCCAAGGUGUGUGGCUGAAUGUGGAGCAAGUGUCAAAGGAAAUGAAGGAACAUUACUGUCUCCAAAUUUCCCAUCAAAUUAUGAUAAUAACCAUGAGUGUAUCUAUAAAAUAGAAACAGAAGCUGGCAAGGGGAUCCACCUCAGAGCCCGAAGCUUUCAGCUGUUUGAAGGAGAUAUUCUAAAGGUAUAUGAUGGAAAAGAUAGCUCAUCACGUCAACUGGGAGCCUUCAUGAAAAAUGAGCUGAUGGGAUUGAUCCUAAAUAGCACUUCUAAUCACUUGUGGUUAGAAUUCAACAGUAAUGGAUCUGACACUGACCAAGGUUUUCAACUCACUUACACUACGGAAUGCGGUGGUCGGAUUCACGUUGCCACUUCGGGGCGCAUUUUGUCUCCUGGUUAUCCAGCUCCCUACGACAACAAUCUUCACUGCACGUGGAUUAUAGAGGCAGACCCAGGAAAGACCAUCAGUCUUCACUUUAUUGUUUUUGACACUGAGAUGGCUCACGAUAUCCUCAAGGUCUGGGAUGGUCCAGUAGACAGCAACAUCCUGCUAAAAGAGUGGAGUGGUUCUGCCCUUCCUGAGGAUAUCCACAGCACCUUCAACUCGCUCACACUACAGUUUGACAGUGACUUUUUCAUCAGCAAAUCAGGCUUCUCCAUUCAGUUCUCAACAACAAUUGCAUCAACCUGUAAUGAUCCAGGCAUGCCUCAGAAUGGCACCCGCUAUGGAGAUAGCAGGGAACCCGGAGAUACCAUCACAUUCCAGUGUGACCCUGGAUAUCAGCUUCAAGGGCAAGCUAAAAUCACCUGUGUGCAAUUGAAUAACCGAUUCUUUUGGCAACCUGAUCCUCCUACCUGCAUAGCUGCAUGUGGAGGGAAUCUGACUGGCCCAGCAGGUGUUAUUUUAUCACCUAACUACCCACAACCAUAUCCUCCUGGGAAAGAAUGUGACUGGAGAAUAAAAGUGAACCCAGAUUUUGUCAUUGCCUUGAUAUUCAAAAGUUUCAAUAUGGAGCCUAGCUAUGAUUUUCUACACAUCUAUGAAGGAGAGGAUUCAAACAGCCCUCUCAUUGGAAGUUUUCAAGGUUCUCAAGCCCCGGAAAGAAUAGAAAGUAGUGGAAAUAGUCUUUUUCUGGCAUUCCGGAGUGACGCAUCUGUGGGCCUGUCUGGAUUCGCCAUUGAAUUUAAAGAGAAACCACGGGAAGCAUGUUUUGAUCCAGGAAAUAUAAUGAAUGGGACAAGAAUUGGAUUAGACUUCAAACUUGGCUCAACAAUUACUUACCAGUGUGAUUCUGGAUAUAAGAUUAUUGACCCCUCAUCCAUGACAUGUGUGAUUGGUACGGAUGGAAAACCAGCCUGGAACAGAGUCUUACCCUCUUGCAAUGCACCCUGUGGAGGCCAGUACACUGGAUCAGAAGGGGUCGUUUUGUCACCAAACUACCCUCAUAAUUAUACGGCUGGUCAAAUAUGCCUUUAUUCGAUAACUGUACCAAAGGAAUUUGUGGUGUUUGGACAGUUUGCCUAUUUUCAGACGACACUGAAUGAUUUGGUAGAGUUAUUCGAUGGAACACAUCCCCAGGCCAGACUUCUUAGCUCACUGUCUGGGUCUCAUUCAGGGGAAACAUUGCCUUUGGCUACGUCAAAUCAAAUUCUGCUACGAUUCAGUGCAAAAAGUGGUGCAUCUGCCAGGGGAUUCCAUUUUGUUUACCAAGCUGUUCCUCGUACCAGUGAUACCCAGUGCAGCUCUGUUCCAGAGCCCAGAUAUGGAAGGAGAAUUGGAUCUGAAUUUUCAGCAGGUUCAAUUGUUCGGUUUGAAUGUAACCCAGGAUACCUACUUCAAGGGUCCACAGCUAUCCGCUGUCAGUCUGUGCCCAAUGCUCUAGCUCAGUGGAAUGACACCAUACCAAGCUGUGUAGUUCCCUGCAGUGGCAAUUUCACUCAGCGGAGAGGUACGAUCCUAUCCCCUGGUUACCCUGAACCGUAUGGUAACAACUUAAACUGUAUAUGGAAAAUCAUAGUUACAGAGGGAUCGGGGAUUCAGAUUCAAGUCAUCAGCUUUGCCACGGAACAGAACUGGGACUCUCUUGAGAUUUACGAUGGCGGUGAUAUGACUGCACCUAGACUAGGAAGUUUUUCAGGUACCACUGUGCCAGCAUUGCUGAACAGCACUUCCAAUCAACUCUACUUACAUUUUCAAUCUGAUAUUAGUGUUGCGGCUGCUGGUUUUCAUCUGGAAUACAAAACUGUAGGUCUUGCUGCAUGCCAGGAACCAGCCCUUCCUAGCAAUGGCAUCAAAACAGGAGAUCGAUACAUGGUGAACGAUGUACUCUCCUUUCAGUGUGAGCCCGGGUACACUCUGCAGGGUCGUUCCCACAUUUCUUGUAUGCCAGGAACUGUUCGGCGUUGGAAUUAUCCCUCUCCCCUUUGCAUUGCGAAGUGCGGAGGAACACUGAGCAGCAUGAGUGGAGUGAUCUUGAGUCCUGGAUUUCCAGGUGCUUACCCCAACAACUUAGACUGCACUUGGAAGAUCCUACUGCCCAUUGGCUAUGGUGCACAUAUUCAGUUUCUGAAUUUUUCUACUGAAGCAAAUCAUGACUAUCUUGAAAUUCAAAACGGACCUUAUCACAGCAGCCCCAUGACUGGGCAGUUCAGUGGCAUGGACCUACCUUCAGCAUUGCUGAGUACAACCCAUGAAACUCUCAUCCACUUUUAUAGUGAUCAUUCACAAAACCGGCAAGGAUUUAAACUUGCUUAUCAAGCCUAUGAAUUGCAGAACUGUCCAGAUCCUCCUACUUUUCAAAAUGGUUAUAUGAUCAACUCGGAUUACAGUGUGGGACAAUCAAUAUCUUUUGAGUGUUAUCCUGGAUACAUUCUAAUAGGCCAUUCAGUCCUCACUUGUCAGCAUGGAAUCAACAGAAAUUGGAACUAUCCUUUUCCAAGAUGUGAUGCUCCUUGUGGAUAUAAUGUUUCAUCUCAGAAUGGUACUAUUUAUUCCCCUGGAUUUCCAGAUGAAUAUCCAAUUUUGAAGGAUUGCAUUUGGCUUAUCACAGUGCCUCAGGGUCACGGAGUUUACAUCAACUUCACCUUGUUGCAGACUGAAGCUGUUAAUGAUUACAUUGCUGUAUGGGAUGGUCCUGACCAGAACUCACCUCAGCUAGGAGUUUUCAGUGGAAAUACAGCCCUCGAAACAGCUUAUAGUUCAACGAAUCAAGUCCUGCUCAAGUUUCACAGUGAUUUUUCAAAUGGAGGUUUCUUUGUCCUCAAUUUUCAUGCAUUUCAGCUCAAGAAGUGUCAACCUCCCCCAGCAGUUCCACUGGCAGAAAUACUUACUGAGGAUGAGGAUUUUGAAAUUGGAGAUUUUGUGAAGUACCAGUGUCAUCCUGGGUACACUUUAUCAGGGACUGACACAUUGACUUGCAAGCUAAGUUCCCAAUUGCAGUUUGAAGGUUCUCUCCCAACAUGUGAAGCACAAUGCCCAGCAAACGAAGUCCGCACAGAAUCAUCUGGAGUAAUCCUCAGUCCAGGGUAUCCAGGCAACUAUUUUAACUCUCAGACGUGUUCUUGGAGUAUUAAAGUGGAACCAAACUAUAAUAUAACCAUCUUUGUGGAUACAUUUCAAAGUGAAAAACAAUUUGAUGCACUGGAAAUAUUUGAUGGUUCUUCUGGACAAAGUCCUCUGUUAGUAGUCUUAAGUGGGAACCAUACUGAACAAUCAAAUUUUACAAGUAAGAGCAAUCAGUUAUAUUUCCGCUGGUCCACUGAUCAUGCAACCAGUAAAAAAGGAUUCAAGAUUCGUUAUGCAGCACCUUACUGCAGUCUGACUCAGACCCUGAAGAAUGGUGGUAUUGUAAAUAGAACUGCAGGAACAGUUGGAAGUAAAGUACAUUAUUUUUGCAAGCCUGGGUACAGAAUGAUUGGCCACAGUAAUGCAACUUGCAUACGGAACCCUGUGGGCAUGUAUCAGUGGGAUUCCCUCACUCCACUCUGCCAGGCUGUGUCUUGUGGAAUUCCAGAAUCCCCAGGAAAUGGUUCCUUUAUGGGUAAUGAGUUCACUUUGGACAGUAAGUUGAUCUAUGAAUGUAAUGAGGGCUUUAAGCUUGAAGCUAGUCAACAAGCAACAGCUGUGUGUCAAGAAGAUGGAUUUUGGAGUAACAAAGGGAAGCCACCUACUUGUAAACCGGUAACGUGCCCUAGUAUUGAAGCUCAGCUCUCAGAACAUGUCAUCUGGAGACUGGUUUCUGGAUCACGGAAUGAGUAUGGAGCUCAAGUAGUGCUGAGCUGCAGUCCUGGUUACUACUUAGAAGGAAGAAGACUCAUCCAGUGCCAAGCUAAUGGAACAUGGAACAUAGGAGAGGAGAGAUCAAGUUGUAAAGUUAUCUCAUGCGGAAUCUUGUCCUUUCCCCCAAAUGGUAACAAGAUUGGAACAUUGACAGUUUAUGGAGCCACAGCCAUAUUUACAUGUAACACGGGUUACACACUUGUGGGCUCUCACGUCAGAGAAUGUUUAGCAAAUGGACUCUGGAGUGGUACCGAAACACGAUGUCUGGCUGGCCACUGUGGUUCUCCAGAUCCAAUUGUCAAUGGACAUAUCAGUGGAGAUGGUUUCAGUUAUAGAGACACUGUGGUUUAUCAGUGUAAUCCUGGUUUCCGGCUUGUUGGAACUUCAGUUAGGAUAUGCUUGCAAGACCACAAAUGGUCUGGACAAACUCCUGUUUGUGUCCCUAUUACAUGUGGUCACCCUGGAAACCCUGCCCAUGGGUUCACGAAUGGCAGUGAGUUCAACCUGAAUGAUGUCGUGAACUUCACUUGCAACACGGGCUAUCUACUUCAAGGUGCAUCUCGAGCCCAAUGUCGGAGCAAUGGCCAGUGGAGCAGUUCUUUGCCUACUUGUCGAGUGGUGAACUGUUCAGAUCCAGGCUUUGUGGAAAAUGCCAUUCGUCAUGGGCAACAGAAUUACCCUGAGAAUUUUGAAUAUGGAAUCAGUGUCAUGUAUCAUUGCAAGAAGGGAUUUUACUUGUUGGGAUCAUCUGCCUUAACCUGUACGGCAAAUGGUUUAUGGGAUCGUUCUUUACCCAACUGUUUGGCUAUAUCAUGUGGACAUCCAGGAGUUCCUGCCAAUGCUAUCCUAACUGGAGAAUUGUUUACUUAUGGAUCCAUAGUUUACUACUCAUGCAAAGGAAGCCGGAGUCUUGUAGGCAACAACACUAGAGUUUGCCAAGAAGAUAGUCAUUGGAGUGGAACACUACCCCACUGUACAGGAAAUAAUCCUGGGAAUUGUGGUGAUCCAGGCACCCCAGCACAUGGUUCUAGGCUUGGGGAUGAAUUUAAGUCAAAAAGCCUUCUCCGUUUUUCCUGUGAAAUGGGUUACCAGUUGAGGGGCUCUGCUGAGAGAACAUGUUUGUUAAAUGGCUCAUGGUCAGGAUUGCAACCCGUGUGUGAGGCUGUGUCCUGUGGCAAUCCUGGCACCCCCACCAAUGGCAUGAUCAUCAGUAGCGAUGGGGUACUGUUCUCAAGCUCAGUCAUUUAUGCUUGUUGGGAAGGGUAUAAGACCUCGGGGCUGAUGACUCGGCACUGCACAGCCAACGGGACUUGGACUGGCACAGCUCCUGAUUGCACAAUUAUAAAUUGUGGUGAUCCAGGUACACUGGCUAAUGGUAUCCAGUUUGGGAGUGAUUUCACCUUCAAUAAGACUGUUAGCUAUCAGUGUAACCCUGGCUAUCUUAUGGAACCCAUCACUUCAUCCACUAUUUGUUGUACUAAAGAUGGUACAUGGAAUCAGAGCAAGCCUCUCUGCAAAGCUGUCAUGUGCAGUCAGCCUCCUCAAGUGCAGCAUGGAAAAGUGGAGGGAACAGAUUUCCACUGGGGCUCUAGUAUAAGUUACAGUUGUGCUGAUGGCUACCAGCUUUCUCACUCGGCCAUCCUCUCCUGUGAAGGUCGUGGGAUAUGGAAAGGAGAGAUUCCUCAGUGUCUGCCUGUGUUCUGUGGAGAUCCUGGCAUUCCUGCAGAGGGACGGCUUACUGGGAAAAGUUUCACCUACAAAUCUGAAGUCCUUUUCCAGUGUAAAUCUCCGUUUAUACUAGUGGGAUCUUCAAGAAGAAUCUGCCAAGCUGAUGGCACAUGGAGUGGCAUACAGCCCACUUGCAUUGAUCCUGCUCAUAAUUCUUGCCCAGAUCCUGGUACCCCACAUUUUGGAAUACAGAAUAGCUCUAGAGGAUAUGAGGUUGGGAGUACAGUAUUUUUCAGGUGCAGAAAAGGUUACCAUAUUCAAGGUUCGACAACUAGAACUUGCCUUGCAAAUUUAACUUGGAGUGGAAUACAAACAGAAUGUAUACCUCACGCCUGCAGACAGCCAGAAACCCCAGCCCAUGCAGAUGUGAGAGCAAUAGAUCUUCCUACUUUUGGUUAUACUCUAGUGUAUACCUGCCAUCCAGGAUUUUUCCUUGCGGGUGGAUCUGAACACAGGACGUGUAAAGCAGAUAUGAAAUGGACAGGGAAAUCACCUGUUUGUAAAAGUAAAGGAGUGAGAGAAGUUAAUGAAACAGUUACUAAAACUCCAGUUCCUUCAGAUGUAUUUUUCAUCAAUUCAGUAUGGAAAGGAUAUUAUGAAUAUUUAGGGAAAAGACAACCUGCAACUUUAACUGUUGACUGGUUCAAUGCAACAAGUAGUAAAGUCAAUGCGACCUUCAUUGAAGCCUCUCAAGUGGAGUUAAAAUUGACAGGAGUUUACAAGAAGGAGGAAGCCCACUUACUUCUGAAAGUUUUUCAAAUUAAAGUUCCAGUGGAUAUUUUUGUAAGCAAGUUUGAAAAUGACAACUGGGGAUUAGAUGGUUAUGUAUCAUCAGGUCUUGAAAGAGGAGGAUUUACUUUUCAAGGUGAUAUACAUGGAAAAGACUUUGGAAAAUUCAAACUAGAAAGACAAGAUCCCUUAAACUCUGAUCAAGAUUCUUCAAAUCAUUAUCCUGGCACUAGUAGUGGUUCUGUUGCAGCUGCCAUUUUGGUUCCAUUUUUUGCUCUAAUUUUAUCAGGAUUUGCAUUUUACCUCUACAAACACAGAACAAGACCAAAAGUUCAGUACAAUGGCUAUGCUGGACAUGAAAACAGCAAUGGACAAGCUUCAUUUGAAAACCCCAUGUAUGAUACAAACUUAAAACCCACAGAAGCAAAGGCUGUGCGGUUUGACACAACUCUGAACACAGUUUGUACAGUGGUAUAG